GGCUCGGCUUAGCGCUGUUUAGCAAAUAUGCGGCCAUCUUGGAUUCAGCAGUCUAGCUACAGGCAGCCCUUAGUUUUGGGGAUGGGUGGAACUGAAGGAAAACUUAGGGAUUCCAGAGCGUAAUUUUUAAGGAAUAGAGUGGCGUCGCCAGUCGAAUCCUGCGCAUUCUGGCGGAACUUCACUAACUUCCCAACUCGGAAGCAGACCUUUGUAAGCGGUUCUAACCUGAAGUCCCCUCCUCCUUCUCGUCGAACCGCUGUGUGCAGUUCAGUGGGCCUGUUUUAACUGUAUGGGCUUGGUUUCAUUAACAACUUUUUAUCUGACAGCGUUUGGUCACUUUCUAGCCUAACUGGACCCUGUUUGGUGUACGGUUAUGGUGGGCGCAUGGUCAGCACUGCAGAAGUUUGUGUUCUGUGCCACCGGUUGGACAUCCAGCGCUGUGUGGUGUAAUGCGGCUCGAUAAAUGACUUUAUUAAUCUGGAGUGGCGGCGUCUUCCGGCGUUUGUUGUGCUGAAAGUUCGCCUUCAGAUCGCAGUUGAAGCUGAUCUCCUCCAUGGUCUUCAUCAGCUGUCGGAUAGCUGCUUUCCACUAUUCCUUCGGACCGAGGCGCUGCGAGUAGACACACACACACACACACACACGCACACUUGGAAAGGAGAAGCACUUUGGAGCUCGAGACGCGUUAAAAUGUCAACGAGAACACCACUACCUACAGUCAAUGAGCGCGACACGGAAAAUCACACCUCUCACAGUGACGGGCGGAACGAUGGUGCCACCAGAUCCAACCGCUCCGGGGCUCGAUGCCGCAACUCCAUCGCCUCAUGUGCCGAUGAACAGCCGCACAUUGGCAACUAUCGGCUGCUCAAAACCAUCGGCAAGGGCAACUUCGCCAAGGUCAAACUGGCGCGACACAUCCUAACGGGACGAGAGGUGGCCAUAAAAAUUAUUGAUAAGACACAGCUCAAUCCUACCAGUCUCCAAAAGCUCUUCCGAGAAGUAAGAAUAAUGAAGAUUCUGAACCAUCCAAAUAUUGUAAAGUUGUUUGAGGUCAUAGAAACAGAGAAAACCCUUUAUCUGGUGAUGGAAUAUGCCAGUGGAGGGGAGGUGUUUGACUACCUCGUAGCACACGGCCGGAUGAAGGAGAAAGAGGCCAGGGCUAAAUUUAGACAGAUUGUAUCAGCUGUACAGUACUGCCAUCAAAAACACAUUGUGCACAGAGACCUCAAGGCAGAGAAUCUGCUGCUAGAUGCAGAUAUGAACAUUAAGAUAGCAGACUUUGGCUUCAGUAAUGAGUUCACGCUGGGCAACAAGUUGGACACGUUCUGCGGCAGUCCACCGUACGCUGCUCCUGAGCUCUUUCAGGGAAAGAAGUACGAUGGUCCCGAGGUGGAUGUCUGGAGCCUGGGGGUAAUUCUCUACACACUAGUCAGUGGAUCGCUGCCUUUUGAUGGCCAGAACCUGAAGGAGCUUCGGGAGCGAGUGCUAAGGGGGAAGUAUCGCAUUCCCUUCUACAUGUCGACUGACUGCGAAAACCUCCUCAAGCGCUUCCUGGUGCUCAAUCCUAUCAAGCGGGGUACACUUGAGCAAAUCAUGAAGGACCGGUGGAUCAACUCUGGCUUUGAGGAGGAUGAACUCAAGCCCUUUGUGGAGCCAGAGCUCGACAUCUCAGACCAGAAAAGAAUAGACAUAAUGGUGGGAAUGGGUUACUCCCGUGAGGAGAUCCAUGAGUCUCUGACUAGAAUGAAGUAUGAUGAGAUCACUGCAACGUACCUGCUGCUGGGUAGGAAGCCCACUGAGUUGGAUGCUGCUGACUCCAGCUCCAGCAGUAACUUGUCCCUGACCAAAGUCAGACCCAACAGUGAGCACAACAAUGGCCAGUCACCAUCUCACCUCAAAGUCCAGAGGAGCACCUCCAACCAGAAACAACGCCGCUACAGUGACCAAGCUGGUCCAGCCAUUCCCUCAGCGGGUUACCCCAAGAGGAGCCAGACCACCGCAGCAGAUAAUGAGCACAAAGAGGAAAGCAGUGCCCAGCCUCGCAAGUCCAACUCUUCCGGGAGCCGUAGCAUGGCACCCCCUAGCCCCCUGCUGGGCAACGCCAACAACCCAAACAAGGCUGACAUUCCUGAUCGCAAGAAGGCCUCCACUGCGCCCGGUAGUAAUUCUGUGUCCGGGGGGAUGACCAGGAGAAAUACGUAUGUUUGUAGUGAACGCAGUGCUGGAGACCGGCACUCUGUCAUCCAGAACGGCAAAGAAAACAGCCUGAGUGAAAUGUCAGCGUGUGCCGCCGCCAGUCCGUCUCCAUACGCUGCUGCUCUCACUGUUUCAUCUGCCUCGGUCCGUCUGAGGCACCACAAAGCCACGCCACUUUCAGCUUCAGGCCACACCUGCCGCUCUACACUGCCCCCUAGUGACGGCCCCGCUGAACUCUUCAGGCCCAACACAACCACGGCCACUUCGCAGCGAAACCCUGGGGCCUCCACACACAGCAUCAGUAGCGCCACGCCACCAGACCGCCUACGUUUUCCACGAGGCACGGCGAGCCGUAGCACCUUCCACGGUGGCCAGCUAAGAGAGCGACGUACGGCCACGUACAACGGACCCCCCGCGUCACCCACCCUCUCCCAUGAUGCAACACCACUCUCACAGUCACGUAGCCGCGGGUCAACCAACCUCUUCACCAAACUCACCUCCAAGCUCACACGCAGAAACAUGUCAUUCAGGUUUACCAAAAGAGUACCAGCAGAGUUUGAGAGGAAUGGCAGACAUGAGGGCUCAAGUCGGAACGUCUCCGGGGAUCAGAAGGAGGAUCAGAAAGACACCAAACCCCGUUCCCUGCGCUUCACCUGGAGCAUGAAGACCACGUCGGCCAUGGAGCCCAGCGACAUGAUGCGCGAGAUCCGCAAGGUGCUCGACGCCAACAACUGCGACUACGAGCAACGCGAACGCUUCCUGCUGCUCUGCGUCCAUGGUGACGGCCAUGCCGAGAGCCUUGUUCAGUGGGAGAUGGAGGUGUGCAAGUUGCCCCGUCUCUCUCUCAAUGGCGUGCGCUUCAAGCGGAUAUCGGGAACAUCCAUUGCAUUCAAGAACAUAGCUUCAAAAAUUGCCAAUGAGCUAAAGCUGUAAACAAAAUCAUCAAAAUGUGAAAAUGUGACAAAAGGACUAAGGCAUACAAAAAUCUAUUAUUUUUUUGUUUUUUCUUUUUCUGUUGAAAAAGUAGCAGAUUCAAGGACUGUUUCUCGAACGCUUACAGAAAUGUGUAAUAAAAUGUAUAGAAUCAUGCCUUAGAUGGUAUUAUUAUUAUUAUUAUUAUUAUUAUUAUUAUUAUUAUUAUUAUUGUGACUGGUGGUCUCAAACUGUUUGGAAAGAAGUGAUGGUUGGUGGUUUUCUUUUUAUUUAUGCACUACUGCGUUAGGUGCCCAAUAGGCCUAUAGUUAACCCUUUAUUUAAAACAGAGGGAUGACAAAUUCACAGUAUUUCUCUUCAGUGCCGUGCCUGCCCACAACUCCUUUGGUCUCCUUUUUGAUACUAAGCAAAAAUGGCCAUGACAUUGUGUGUUGUAUUGUUAGAUAGGGAAAAUUAUAUGCACUCCCACCUCCCAAAGCUGCUGAUAGCAGUAUAGUCACAUUUCCCCCUCCUCAUAUAUCCAGACAGGAAGUGACUUGGACCUGUUGGACUGAACUGUUCUAUAUGCCUAAUGAUGGACAGGAUCUGCUUAUUUAUAGACUGUGGUGCCAUGAAUCUGCUCACAGACGCAGCUUGGUGAGGUUACAGGAGAGUUCAGCCACAGCACCUUAGCGAAACCUCAUGGUUGUAAUGCAUUGUGAGACUUUGACUAACAAUUUUCAGAGAAUUAAAAGACUUAUUCAGAGCAGGAAGAUUUUCCUUCCUGGUCUGUUGGUAUAUUUAGUUUCUUUCCAUAUGAAGUGUUUUGUUUUCUUUUGUAACAUAUUGGAAGUUGUUGAAAUGUUGUUUGUAUACUGAUGAGGCAAAAAGGGCCUAUGGAGGAGUCAGGCUCCUGAGUCAAGAUGUCGUUUUUCAGGCCUCAGUAUUCACUCCCAUCCGUAAAGAAACCAUGGCACUGUUUUUAUUUUUUUGGAAUGUAAAUAAUGUACCUUAGUUUUGCAACAGCUACAUAUUGAUAUACUUUUUCUUUUCUAAAUCUGGCUGUGAGUUGGAAACUAUGGAAAUUAAUGUACUCAUCACAGGAUAAGGUUAAUCAGUGUCUUCAUUAAAACACACCUGAAACUAAAA